AUGGAGCACUCGGGAUCCAUUGGGACUUGGAAGCGUUACAAGCUUGGCCAGGCUCAAUUCACAAAAUGGUUGAAGCAGACGUCGGACAAAUUGCGAGGCUCCACCAGUGGCAACUCUAAUUCAGGGUCCAAGACGGUCCCCAAGGCGAACAGCGGUCACAGUAGCGCCAGCACUGUGCACUGGUCUCAACUAGAAAAUAUGGCCAGAACCAUUAUCAACAAUGUGCUCCCUGAGGAAAUCCCUGAGUCGUCAAUCAGCAUCCUCCGCGACGUGGUCAAUCUGCGGAAGAAGAGCGCGCGCUUCUUUGGCAGGGUGGCUCAGAGCUCGGAUGAUAACAAGCUGAAGGAGAAAAAUGCGGCGCAUGAGCAUAUCAUCAAGGUUCUGGAGAGGAUCCUGGGACAGUUCGAAGAGGCUGUGUCGAAAAGAAGAAACAAAAACAGCGGGGAGUCUCGUUCCGCGCCAAGUUCUACGGUUCAGCUGGAUAUGAGCGAUAUUAAUAACAUGUUUGCACAAUUGAAGCUGGAUGAAUCACAGGAUGCUGAGGAUGCGGAGUCGGAGGGGUCGGGGCCUGAGAAGCAACCUGUGAUGAAGACGAAGAAGGCGGGGAAGCUGGGGAAGAAGGGCGGUAACAAGGGGAAGAUGAAAAAGGUUCAGAAGAAGCCGAAACAGGACAAGACUGUCGCUAAGGUAGAUGCGUCGGACUCUUGGGUUGAUGAGUUUCAGUGGCUUGAUGAAGAUGACGAGGAUGAGUUCGAUUACUACAUGAUGAUCUAUUGUUUCUUUGAAGACUUCAACAUGAUCAGAGAGUAUGUCGCGGACAAAUGGUGCGAUUACUUCUAUUACAGGUCGAUCCCCAUCGAUACGCUUGCCGUCAUCACCAACGCGGCUUGCGAGCUUUUCGACGAGAUGGAAUUCGAAUUGUUCAGGACCGGACGAAGGCUCAAGCUAUCCUCGGUGAUGUUAGAGUACGAGACCAUGAUGGACACCCUGUUUUUUGAAUACGGGCUGGACCACAUCGACUACGAGAGUGACAAGAACCUUAGCGAGGAGGAGUUGCACAACAAGAUAUACCGUGAAGCAGAUUGGGUGGGAUGGCCAGCUCAUGUUCAUAUGGAAGAACUCCUAGACUUUGUUCCUCCUGGAAAGGUUCCUACAUUCCGCGACGCCGACAGGAAGAAACCAGAAUAUGGCACCCUCGACGCCUACGGUAUGAGGGACUUUGUCCGCGCCGUCAUCUUUGAGGUGUUUCCAGAAAUUUGCACCAUCAAAGCGAUGAAGACGAACCACGAAGCCCCGGACGUCAUCGGGGCACAGGACGAGCUGACUCUCAACUUCGAAUACAUGUUUCGCCAACGAGACUACACGUCCGCAUUCAUCUUCAGUCUCAGUCUCUACGUUGAUAUUCGAUAUAUCAUGGAGGCCGAGGUCUCCAGUGCGUUUACAGAAUUGCAGAAGACGGCACGGAAGACCCAUGAAACCUUGACCCGGCACUUGGCAAAGAUACGAGGCAAUGCGGAACUCAAGCGGGAGAUAAGAGCCCGCAUUGCCGAGAUCGAAGCUGUAAUUCUAGGAGAUAUUACGCUGAGUGAUAAGGAGAGGCGGUACCAAUUACAUGGAUGCACCGACCCGAUCGAAGAACACCACCUCUUGAAACGGGACCCGAUAUGGGCUGGUCUCUUGGACUUUCGAUGUCGAUUGGUCAUGAACAAUUUUGGUUAUCGCUUGAUCUGCUCCUCGCCCAUCGUGUUUGCGGCAGCUUUUGCUUACAAGGCAUUGCAGCGUCUCGGUGGCGAUGUGCCUAGUUGGCAUGCGAUGGAUCGAUUUCUGCAAUUCCACGGGGAAUCCAAAGUACUCCGUGGGCCAUUAUCGUCUGAGGCAACUGCUCUGGAUAUUCUCGAGAGGUUUGUGGAGCACGAGUUGGCGACUACCCCAGCCGGCAUGGUUGCGGGCUUCAAUCAGACCUCCAAAACCUUUAAUGCGUUCAACGAUAGGUAUGGCUGGGACAGUAGCCGGUUGAGGCGGUCGAUGACGUAUCUGCGUGAAAUCCUCAAGGAAAAGUUUAAUCUCAAGUUUCAGUCACUGUUUCCGAGGCAGAAGGCGCUCAUGGCCCCUGGCAGUAACGGAGUCAUGAGUGAUGCCGCCGUCCUGGGCGACUUAGAUUUGGCCACCAUCCUAGAUGACCCGUUGGCACUCGAUUCCAGUACCAUCCAGAGGCUGCAGAAUGAUGCUUUCUAA